GAAGGAAAGGAAGGAAGGAAGGAAGGAAGGAAGGAAGGAAGGAAGGAAGGAAGGAAGGAAGGAAGGAAGGAAGGAAGGAAGGGGAAAGGAAGGCGGGAAGGAAGGCACGGAGGAAGAAGAGGCUUUGCAGGUCCUGCAGAGAAAUGAGCCACAUUGAGACCCUUUCUGUACCAGUCACUAACCACUUCCCGACAGAAGCCGAGAUGCCGGGAAAAAAGAUCGCGGUGAUUGGAGCAGGGGUCAGCGGCCUGGGGGCUCUCAAGAGCUGCCUGGAGGAGGGGCUGGAGCCCACAUGCUUUGAGGAGAGCAGUGACAUCGGUGGCCUGUGGCGGUAUGAGGAGAGCCUGGAGAGCAGCCGGCCCAGCAUCUACCGCUCGGCCACGAGCAACACGUCCAAGGAGAUGAUGGCCUUCAGCGACUUCCCCUUCCCCGCCUCCUGCCCCAACUACAUGCACAACACCAAGCUCAUGGCCUACCUGCACUCCUACGCGGCCCACUUCCACCUCCGCCCGCACAUCCGCUUCCUGGCCAAGGUACGCAGCGUGCGGCGCCGGCCCGACUUCUCCAGCUCGGGCCAGUGGGACGUGGUGGUGGAGGUGGAGGGGGAGCAGGAGCGGCACGUGUUUGACGGGGUCAUGGUGUGCACGGGCCUCUACACGCACCCCGCGAUGCCCCUGCAGAGCUUCCCAGGGAUCUCGAGGUUCCAGGGCCAGUACUUCCACAGCAAGGAGUACAAGACCCCCGACAAGUUCCGGGGCAAGAGAAUCCUGGUGGUCGGCGUCGGGAACUCGGGGGUGGACCUGGCCAUCGAGCUCAGCCACGUGGCCGAACAGGUGUUCCUCAGCACCCGGCGGGGCUCGUGGAUCUGGAACCGCGUGUGGGACAACGGGAUGCCCAUGGACACAGUGCUCUUCACACGCUUCAACAACACGCUCGGCUGCGUCUCCCCCAACCGCCUGGUCAACUACUGGAUGGAGAGGAAGCUCAACCGGCGCUUCAGCCACCGCGACUACGGCCUGCUGCCCCGGCACAGGUUCCUGAGCCACCAGGCCACCAUGAGCGACGAGCUCCCGAACCACAUCAUCUCGGGCCGGGUCCUGAUGAAGGCCAACGUGCGCGCCUUCUCGGAGACCUCGGCCACCUUCGCGGACGGCACGGAGGAGCCCGUGGACGUGGUGGUCUUCGCCACGGGGUACACGCUCUCCUUCCCCUUUCUGGAGAAGGACGCCCGGGUGCUGGACAGCGACCACACCAUGUUCAAGUUCGUCUUCCCGCCCCAGCUGGAGCGGCCGACCUUGGCCUUCAUCGGCAUCCUGCAGCCCGUGGGCGCCACCAUCCCCACGUCGGAGCUGCAGAGCCGCUGGGCGGCCCGAGUCUUCAGGGGUGUGGCCAGGUUGCCUUCGGAGCAGGCGAUGAUGGAUGACAUCAGGAAGACGAGGGAAAUAUUCGAGAAGGAGUACCUGGACAAUCCUCGGGACUCACGCCGUGUGCAGUACGUGGAGUACAUGGAUGAGGUCGCCUCCGAGAUCGGGGUGAAGCCCAGCCUGCUCUCCCUCUGCCUGGGGGACCCCAAGCUGGCGUGGGAGGUUUACUUUGGACCGUGCACGCCUUACCAGUACCGCCUCCAGGGCCCCGGGAAGUGGGCGGGCGCCCGGGAAGCCAUCCUCGGCCAGCGGGAACGGAUCAUCAAGCCCAUGAGGACCCGCACCCUCUCGGGCGGCGACCAGCCCUCCUCCUCCUCCGGGUCGUUCUGGCUCGCGAGUCUCUGUGCCGUUCUUCUUCUCUUCGUUCUCGCUGUAGGCAUCCUCCGAGAAUAACCCUCCUACUAGCAUCAGCACCACGUUAGGGCUCCCUGGGGGGCGUUGCUAAUUAAGAGGCUGACUGGGGUGCGUGCUGAUCCCUUGGUUCCGAUUAGAAUGCAGCAGACCAGCUAACAACCCCGAACGUUCUUCUGCACACUUCUUUGGGGCGGUGGAAGAUUGGGAGAUGCCCCCCACCCACUCCCGUUCUUCUGCACACUUCUUUGGGGCGGUGGGAGAUCCCUCCCACCCACUCCCAUUCUUCUGCACACUUCUUUGGGGCAGUGGGAGAUCCCUCCCACCCACUCCCGUUCUUCUGCACACUUCUUUGGGGCGGUGGGAGAUUCCCCCCCCAACUCCCCGCUGACAGAGAUUUCAGCCGGGGUGAUUUGGGGGAAAGCUUGCUUGAAGGGUGUCCGCAGACGCUCUCUUACACUGCAUGUUCUUGGUGAUAUCAGGGUCUCCCGGGCCUCCCCGCACAGGACUCUCACAGUCUGUCAGCUCUCUGCCUCUAAAAUGUAGGCCGGGGAAAAAGCACCGCUCCUGAUCUUUCUAGAAAGUUAACCCUGAAUGGAAGUCUUCCAAAAACCCUUGUCAUUAGGAUCACGUUCUACGGAAUCACAGAGGUCAGCUAGAAAGUUAUUUCUGAUAUUAUUAAGAUGUUUCUAAUACUAUUUUUUUUGGGGGGGUUGGUGGUGAGGUAUGGAAGGUCCCACAGAGAGGAAAAGAUGAAAUAAUAAAAUCAAGAAACAAACAUCAUUUUUUUGGGUUCUGAAGAGUAUUAAAAAUAGAUGGGAUAUAUAUAUACACAGUGGAAUAUCACUCAGCUACAAAAAGGGAUGAAGUCCUGCCAAGACAGAUGGGCCACGAUGCUUUGAGAAAUACACAUCAGAAGGAGGAAGACCCAAGUUAGCAUGGACUAUGACGGCAGGAGAGGGUGCACACUGGCACCCCCCGAUGCUCUAGCUGCCAGGGAAGAGAGAAGGGGGAAAAAACAGUACUGAAAGCCUUUAGAAAUGAAAACCCUAGGGCUGGAGCGAUAGCACAGUGGGGAGGGCAUUUGCCUUGUACGUGGCCAACCCGGGUUCGAUUCCCAGCAUCCCAUAGGGUUCUUUGAGCACCGCCAGGAGUGAUUCCUGAGUGCAGAGCCAGGAGGAACCCCUGAGCAUCGCCGGGUGUGACCCAAAAAGCAACAGAAAGAAAGAAAGAAAGAAAGAAAGAAAGAAAGAAAGAAAGAAAGAAAGAAAGAAAGAAAGAAAGAAAGAAAGAAAGAAAGAAAGAAAGAAAGAAAACCCUAAAACGUGGUGAUGGGAAUCAAGCCUAAACGUAACACUUCUGGGAAUCAUCGGGAAACAGGUUAACCUCUCUGUGUGACCCAACAAAGGCAAAUUCUCACCAUACAAGAUCAAACUGGGGUUGGAGCGAUAGUACAGUAGGUACGACAUUUGCCUUGCACACGGCCAACCCGGGUUCGAUUCCCAGCAUCCCAUAGGGUCCCCUGAGCACCACCAGGAGUAAUUCCUGAGUGCAGAGCCAGGAGUGACCUCUGUGCAUCGCUGGGUGUGACCUAAAAAGCAAAAAAAAAAAAAAAAUGAAAGAUGGGGCUGGAGCCAUAGCACAGCAGGUAGGGUGUUUGCCUUGCUUGCAGCCAACCCAGGUUCGAUUCCCAGCAUUCUACAUGGUCCCCUGAGCACCAGGAGUAAUUCCUGAGAGUAGAGCCAGGAGUAACCACUGAGCAUCACCAGUGUGACCCAAAAAAGCAAAAAAAAAAAAAAAAAAAAGCAAAAAACCAAAACCAAACAAACAAAAAAGCCCAGGACUGAGAGUACAGUGUUUGACACACAGCUGGCUUUUGGCUAAAUCUUGGGCAAAUUCGAGAUGGUUGUAUGUGACUGGGUAUUUCCAGCAGCACCCGGGAGCUGGCCCCGAAGCUCAGCGCUUCAUGUACAAAGGUCCUGUGGCAGGCAGCAGCUGACGCUUCUCUCUGCACACACCGUUUGAAUCCAGAGUCUAGCUUGUGUAACUGCGGCCCGGAACUCUCACGGCCUGCUCACAAGUGCCGCAAUACACGUCUUCAAAUGGCUCCCAAGGUCCUAGCCAAGUUGGAAGGGAAUUUCUCCUCCAGAGAAGGCCCCCGGGGCCAAGCCACACCUGCUAUAGAAGAAACCAGUUCCUUUGAUACUUUUGAGUCAUUAAAACAAGGAGCCGGAGUAUCCAUUGCAAACCUUUUAAUCCCCUUAUUAGUUUCUGAACAUCAAUGUAAGUGGAUAUGUUCAUUAGUUCUACGGGUAAUUAAGACGCAAAGUGGUGUCUUGAUGGGGAAUAUCCUGCCUCCGCAUACCUGAGAUCUUAUUUACCUGGAACUGCACGAACCACUGUGCUCGCUCGCUGAUCACAAGUCUUUAUUGAACGUUUGCAGUUCAUCCGAGGCAGGGUUCAGCAGAAGAGGGCACCAGCGGACAGGAAGGGGUUGGUAAAUGCCCGCAAAUCCAGAUAGGCACAAGUAGAUCCCUCUCUAUCUCAGUUUCUACAGAGACUGAGGAGGUGGGGGGAAGGAAAGGAAAUCUUGGUUUUGGUUUUUUUCUUUUCAGCAUAACCCCUGUGGUGCUCAGGGCUGACCCCUGGCUCUGCAUUCAGUGAUCCCUCCUGGCAGUGCUCGGGGGACCACAUGGGAUGCUGGGGCUCAGCCCCAGUCGGCUCGUGUGCAAGGUCAAUGCCCUCCCUGCCAUGCAGUUGCUCUGGAGAAAGAAAAUGCUCUUGUGAGGAACUGCUUUUGGGUUCUCGGGGGCCGAGAAGCUCUCCCCCACUCCCCUCCGCUCCGUCUCCCCUGCCCCAGCAAGCAGGCACACUGAAGAGUCAGCUGAGAGUUCACAGGCCUGUUUUUUGUUUGUUUGUUUGUUUCUGUUUUUUGUUUUUUGCCUGUGUCUGUGAGAGCCUACAAGCUCACGCUGGCCUGUAACUGCACACUCACACUGAAGGCAGUACACGGUCUGCCUGUAACUGCACAUGCACACUGAUGGUGCACGGUCUGCCUGUAACUGCACACACACACUGAAGUCGGUACACGGUCUGCCUGUAACUGCACACACACACUGAAGUCGGUACACGGUCUGCCUGUAACUGCACAUGCACACUGAUGGUGCACGGUCUGCCUGUAACUGCACACUCACACUGAAGGCGGUACACGGUCUGCCUAUAACUGCACACACACACUGAAGGUGGUACAGUGGUCUGCCUGUAACUGCACACUCACACUGAAGGCGGUACACGGUCUGCCUAUAACUGCACACACACACUGAAGGCGGUACACAGUCUGCCUGUAACUACACACGCACACUGAAGUCGGUACACGAUCUGCCUGUAACUGCACACACACACACACACUGAUGGUGCACAGUCUAC